GAAUUGGAACCUCUCCGUAAGCAGUACACAAAGGUUGUUGAUGCAUAUGGAUGCCUGGGUGCUUUAUGUUUAAGUUCAGGUAAUUGGUUACAUUUUUUAUGGUAUUAAUUUAAGUAAUUUAGUAAAUAAUAACUGUUGCAGAGUCAUGAAACAAGGAAGUGUAGUGAGUACAAAUUUAGUCUUAAAGAAACAAUAGAUUUACGAACACAUUGAUUUAUUUUUUCCAUUUAAAUGUCUUUUUUUAUUUAUUUUUGGCCUAGCUUAAUUGAUUUCUCUCAUUAUUUAAUUUUUAAAACUUUUGCAGGCAAUGAAAGAGUCCAGUAUCUGGUCAUGGUUACAAGCUGUUUGUCAGUUGGCAAAAUUGGAGAGUCUGAAGUUUUUAGGAUCACUGGGGUCCAGUUUAUAUCACUUCGCAAUGAACCAGCGGAUGAGGAAAGAAUAGGAGAGGUGAAACUUCAUUUAAAUAUGAUAUUGAACUGAAUGUAUCAAUUAUGCAAGUUUACUUAUUACAGUGGAAGGCUUCUUACACAAAAAGACAUCUUUGAGAUUUUGUUUUGGGUCAAGCCACUCCAGACACUCAACAAAUAAAUUGUAGUCCACAGCAAAUUAUUGACAGUUUUCUUGUGAAAUAGGAACAAUGAAAUUUUUUUACUGCAACCUCAAAUGUCCAUAUCUCUAUCUCUUUUUAAAUUAAAUAAAAUACAAAUAAUUUUUUUUAAAAUUGUUAUUGUUUCAUUUUGUUAGCAUUACAUAAUGUUGAACUCCUAUGCGUGAGUUUAUCUAAAAUUCAUAAAGUUAUUUAGAUAUUUAUUAAUAAGUUCUUUUUUCUCUAGAUUCGCAAACUGUUGAGUUCAGGUACAUUCUACUUCACUUGGUGUGUUGGAGGCAAUCCUUGGGAUUUAAGUUUAUGUGCUCAGCGGAAGCUUCAAGAUCAUGAAACAGACAAUCGAUUUUUCUGGUGAGUUUAAUGGUGUUGGGGUUUGCUUGGUAAGUUUUUUAUAUUUAUUUCACCCAAUUCCUCUAGUCAAGUUCGCAUUGAAGAAAGGUUUAAUUACUUUUCCUCUUAGCAAAUAUUGAUGUUAUCUGAGGCAUGAGCUUUAAUCAAGUUUUUGUUACUCGUUUUGUUUAUCUUACAUUAUUUUUAGCAUGAUCUUUUUCUCUUUUGUUUAGGAACCGAAUGCUGCAUGUACACUUUCAACAUUAUGGAAUCGAUUGCUCAAAAUGGCUCCUAAAGGUGAUAGAAUUUUUCCCUGGUUUUGAGUCAUUGAUGAUUUUUCGUUCAUUUUCUUAUAGUUUGAGCUUUGCAGAAGCACCAAAGACUGCAUAUUUAUAAUAAAUCAUUCAUUUGUAUUAAUUUUGCUUGAUGAGCUUGCAUAACAAUUUGUGGGCAGUAGUUUUUUUGUCUUACUCCAUGCUAUAUAUUUGAAUUAAGCAGAAGUAAGGCUAGAUAAGUUUCAGUAAAAUCCUAUUUCUUUGCAGACUAUGUGUGGUGGAGUUGAGAUUAGAACCAUUUAUGCAGGUCAUCGCCAAGCCAAAGCCUGUCUCAUAUCAAGGCUAAGCUGUGAAAGGGCAGGGACACGAUUUAAUGUCAGGGGGACCAAUGAUGAUGGGAAUGUGGCCAACUUUGUAGAAACAGAACAAGUAUUCCUUUGCUAACUUUGUGCUAAUUAUGAACAGAAACUAUAAUAUUUGUACCAAUAUUUAUUGCACGGUCUUGCUGAAACUAAAUAAUUUUCUAUUGUGUACAAUCUGUAUUUUAUGUGUUCAACUCUAAACUUUAUUAUCCUAAUAAUAUUAUUCUUGGAAAAGUGAAUUGUAUGAACUAUUUAUUAAUGAUAAACAAUAUUACUUAAAAGAGACAAGAAGCAUUUCUAUUUUGUGUGUGUUAAUGUGUGGCUUUUAGUUUAAGCAAGUCAGAACCAUUGUUUGAUAGUAACUUUAUAAUUUUUUACUCAGGUAAUCUUUUUAGAUGAAGAAAUUGCAUCAUUUGUUCAGACUAGAGGAUCCAUUCCAUUAUUUUGGGAGCAGCCUGGAAUUCAGGUAACCUCCAAUGAAUUAUUGUAAUAAAAAGUUCUUGUAAAAAAUCUUAGUCUGAUUAAUAACUUUUCCAAGAAAAGCUGGUUUUAUUAAAAUUUCAACCACUUACCAUUACUUGUAUAAACUAAAUUCGGUUUUCGCCACAAAUUUAUCUAAAAUUAAUAAGGUGAAAAACAAAAUUAUAAUCAGUAGACAUAAAAAAAUUUAGAAUUUUUAAAAUUAAAAAAAAACGUAACACCUUACAGAUUGUGAGAUAUAUUCAUUUGCAGUAAAUGAUGUAUGACGUAUUGUCAUAAAUUUGUGUCAUAGGUGGGCUCACAUAAAGUUCACAUGUCAAGAGGUUAUGAGAUGGCAGCCCCUGCAUAUGACAGGCACCUACGCACGAUAAGACAGCAAUAUGGGGACCAAAUCAUCAUUAAUCUUCUGGGCAAUAAGGAAGGAGAAAAAUUGCUCAGUCAGGCUUUUAUGGUAUGUUAUUUAAAUGUGUUUUGAAUGAAAAUAAAAUUGGUUAAAAAAAACAUAUUUUUAGAGUUUUUAAUACGUUCUUUAGUACAUUAUACCCCGUGUUGAUUUAAAUUGUAUUUAAUGUUCAUGUAUUUUGGGACAUUGUUGCAUAAUAAAAAAAUCGACUUAUUCUUUCUAUCUAUAAUUUUUUAAUUUUUUUGUUGUUGAUGAUAGUUCUCACAUGUUUAAUUUAUUAUGGCAAAUAAAUUAUUUUCACGAAAGUUUAAAUACCAUUUCUUGUUAUAAUUACUUUGUGUGAUAUAGUUGAUCCUUAAUUCUUUAAGGCUCCACCUUUAAUUUUUCACAAAUUUAAAUUAUGAUUUUUGUUUAGUUAAAUCUCAUAUUAUUCAAUAUAUGAAAACAUAUGCCAUUUUGGAUGGGUAUUUGUACUGGCAUUUUCUUAUUAUCUACAGAAUCACCAUACAGCGUCCUCUCACCAACACGAUGUGCCAUUUUAUCACUUUGACUACCAUGCUGAGGUGAAAGGCUCCAACUUGAAAAACCUGGAAAAACUCAAGGCCCGCAUCAUAAAACAUUUGCACCACUUUGACUUUUUCUGUACAGAUGGUCAGAAAGAAACCCACCACCAAAAAGGAACCAUCAGAACCAACUGUUUGGACUGUCUGGACAGAACAAAUGCCACCCAGACAAUGAUUGGCAUGGAGGUUGGGCUCUUCAGGUUUCUCAUUUGCAAUGGUUAAGCCCUUGAAAUAGAUUUUUGUCCUUAAAAUUAAAUUAUUCAGUUUUCCCUAAAAUAAAACUAAUCUUUUCUGAGAUUCUUUAAAAGGAAUCUAAAUUAGCACAACAUUGAUGAAUUAAUUUCAACCUAUUAGUUAAAUCUGCAUUUAGUAUUGCUUUUAGAUUUUAAAAAAUUUAAAAAACUGAAAUGGAGAAAACAAGUUAUAUGGAUAAACUAAAAUCUCAAAAAAUUAAUUAUGAAAAAAAUCACUUAUCUCUUGUGAUUAACAAGAUUUAAUUAAUUAUGCUUUGAAAUGAGGCUUUUAACAAAUUUGCAUGAAUUGCAAUUAUGUUUUACAUCUAACCAAUUAGCCAAUAUAUUUGUCCCAGCCUUACAUCAGAUUUAUAAAAUUUGAUGACUUGAUUGACAGAUGCUGGUGAAACAGCUUGAGGCUUUAGGGCUGGCAGCUAAACCUCAGAUGGUGGGAAGGUUUGAAGAGGUUUACAAACAGAUAUGGGUGCACAAUGGAGAUCACAUAAGCCGUAUAUAUACAGGCACUGGUGCUCUAGGAGGGGGGCGAUCAAAAGUAAGUCAUAGUUUAAAAUCUUUAUUUAAAAAAUAAUCUGCUCACCAUAAGGAAUUGGUUGUUGAGGAGAGAAAUAAUUUUAUACAAUCCUAUAUGUAUGUAUGCAUAAAUAAUUACCCUCUGUUUUGGCUAAUGAUUUAAUUCUUUAAAUCAUUUUCUUUUAACUAUUUUUAUGCUGCCUACUCUCUGAUAAUGAAUACCUUUAUGUUAUUUAAAAUGUAUCUGUCACCAUCUCUAUAUUAUGUCUUCAUUGAGCUGACUACUCUUUCAGUACUCAGAUGCCUCUCGCACAGCCAGCAGAACGAUACAGAAUAACUUCCUGGAUGGCAGCAAGCAAGAGGCCAUUGAUGUCCUUCUCAUGGGAAGUUCUUUACACGGAGCCCUGGCCGACAGAGCUAGAGCUCUCCUUGGAUCAAGGUAUUUACAUGGUGAGUUUUUGUGCUACACAGGGAGACUCAUAAAAUGUAAGAUGACUUCGCAGCAUUAUUCAUUACAUUAAUAAGACACUAACAAAUUGUGUCAAUAUAACAUUAUUCAUUACCGUAGAGGUUUAUUGUAAUUAUUGUUUUAUAAAGGUUGGAGGGAUGGCAUGCAACCAUGUAAAUUGGUAUAGUAGUAUGUUUUGUUGAGAUAGAGAGUUACUAUUUAAGGAUAGCCUCCACCUAAUGAUAAUGAUACCUUGUUUCGAUGCUCAUUGGUGAAUUAAUGAUCAGCUAUAUCACACAAAGUAAUUAUAACAAGUGAUAGGAUUUAAAUAGGAUUUAAAUUUGGCAUAAGUUGAGGACCAGCGUAGUCGCCCAUGGUAGUUAGGUUGCCUGGUGCAACAUGAAAGCACCUGUGAAGUGAAAAUAAUUAAUGUGGCCAGAACCAGUCUCGGUAAUAGUUUGGGCAGGGCAUGCUGCAAGAUUCCCAGACAGCAGACUUCCCAAACGUCUAAUAUUUGGUGAGCUCUCCAGUGGGAAACGCUCAGCUGGUGAGCAGACUGAUAGCCUUGUCAGCAACUUGGGAUAACUGGAGCUAAGAAAAUUCAAUAUGUGGAUUUGGACUAGUAAAGAAAUCUUUCUAGCUUCAGCGAAUGAAUGUUCCGUAGACACUUAAAUUGAGAUACGCAAGUAUACUUUUAAUCCAAUAACACAUGCAGAGAAGAAAACCUCUGAAUAAAUCAGAAUAUGGAUUCUCAUUGCCAUAAAUUAAAACCGAAAUUAAUUUCUGACAUGCCUAAACAAGUGCAAGCAAAAAUACAGUUUUAACCCUUUAAUGUGGAUUAUGUGUAAAAAAAAGCAAAAACAAAUUUUUUGUAAAUUAAAAAAUAAUUAAGUGGUUUCCAGGUGGGAUUAAAAUGUAUUAACUAUAUUACAUUUGCAGCAUCUGAGAGCAUCCUUAAAGCCAUGACUAGGCGUUACAAAGAAUAUUCCAGAACAGAGACCUACCGUGUCUGUGUUGGCACCUAUAAUGUCAAUGGAGGUAAACAUUACCGAAGCAUUGCUUACAAGCAUCAGAGUCUGGCAGACUGGCUUAUUGAUGCCCACAAAGCCCACUCGAGUAAGUUGGAACUGACUUUCACAUUCAUUUAUUAUGGGACUUUUCCUUAGGCACAAAAAAUACUUAUGCAGCAGUCAAUGACAAAAAUGCUGGCGCUUUAUCCUCUGCACCUUCUCUUCUUACACGCUGCCCCAUCUACUUCUGUUUCUGCACAGAAGUAACAUUUAUUGAAAAAAUGAGUUAUUGCCUUUAAUCUUUAUGGCUGAAGAAGUUAGUUUAAAUUUUUUCUAGCCAUUGUUUCAACAACCAUUCACUAAUACCCCAUUCUCUGAGCUUAUUUUUACAAUUAUGUUUCUGGCAGAUAUCCUGGUGAAAGAUGUGGACUACGACAAGCCAGUAGAUAUAUUUGCUGUUGGUUUUGAAGAAAUUGUGGAUUUAAAUGCAAGCAACAUUAUGAGUGCUAGGUGAGAUAUUGAAGGUGGCUGAAGGGUGGAAGAUGUCCUUACUUAUAAGGAUGCCAGUAGAUUAUCUGGACUUAAGAUGGGAUUUUACUUUCAGCAAUACCUAUUCCAUUCAUGAAAAAAAAAGUUAUUUUUUUCUCUUCGUAGUGUCUUCAAGUUUUAACAUUCAAGUUUUAACAGAUAGCUCCAUUUUAUAUUGCAUGGGGUUUGCAGCAAUAUUAGGGAUACAUGCACCCAGUCUCUUUGCUUGCUGUGGGUGAAGUUGUUUGUUGGUUGACAUUUGGCAGUUAGAUUAAGAAAUAAACAAUAUUUUCACCUAUUUGUGUAAAGACUAGAUCAUUUAUGGUAAAAAUCGUUAAAUGGACCAGAACCAAAAGUUUAGCUCAUACAGAAGCAGCCUCCCCAGAAAAGGAUCUGUCAGCACUUAAUGUAAAAAGAAUGAUCACUUCUGAUAUGCAUGAUUUUUGCCAUGGAAUGGUCCCCCUUUUGCUCUUUGUAAUUUUUUUAAGGGUUGUCUUUCAAAUUCAAAAAGUCUUGAAAAUUUUAUUUCAUUUGUAAAAUUUUUCCAUAUCUAUUUAGGUGUUAAAAAUCAUUUUAGAAGUAUUGAACUGAUUUUGUGACUUAGACAGGGAUUAAAAAUGAAUCAAUUCUCCACUCAUUUCUUAUAUUGUGAUGGCAAUAGAUUUUGUGUUGAUGAUUGAGCCAUCUAGCUUAACCCUUGUUUAAUAUUCCAGCACCACCAAUGCCCGUGAGUGGCAAAAAGAAGUCAUUAAAACCAUUUCAAGAGAUCACAAAUAUAUUUUAGUAACCAGUAUUCAACUGGUCGGAGUGGUGCUGUAUGUUUUUGUACGACCACAUCUUGCCCCAUUCAUAAGGUAAGCACAAAUGUUGGCCCAGGCACUCUGUUUAGAUUAUUUGUCUCCCACACAAAAGCAGGGAUUGCCAACUUGUGGCCCAGCAGAUACGUCAUGUUCUUUGGAUCCCAUCCCAACCCCCCUGUUGGUUGAGUCAUUAGAUAUCUUGCUCCCAACAAUAACCCGCAUAAUAAAUGAAAGCUUAUAUUCUGGCACUGUUCCGCCUCUUUGCAAAUCAGCUGUCAUCAAACCAUUGCUUAAGAAGCCCGGUCUGGAUGAAAAUAAUUUAAAAAACUAUAGACCUGUAUCUAACUUAUCAUUUUUAUCUAAAGUUAUUGAAAAACUAGUCCUAAAACAACUUUUUGCUUACUUAAAUGACCACUCUCUUCUCAGUUCUAAUCAGUCGGCCUAUAGACAUUUCCAUAGCACGGAGACAGCUCUCUUGAGAGUCAGUAAUGACCUCUUGCGCGCAAUGGACAGCGGUAAUGUCUCCAUUCUGAUCCUCUUAGACCUCAGUGCGGCCUUUGACACUGUUGACCAUGAAAUCCUUUUCAAAACCCUUGAAAACUACUUUGGAAUUUCUGGUUCGGUUUUGGCUUGGUUUAGGUCCUACCUCUCUGAUAGAACGCAAAUGGUCUCUGUCGAUGGCUGUCUCUCCGGCAGUGCUGAUUUGGUGUACGGAGUGCCACAGGGGUCUGUUUUGGGUCCGGUUCUAUUCAUAAUGUAUACCAGGCCACUGCUCCUCUUGCUCGGGAGGCAUGCUGUUGAGAACCAGUCAUUUGCAGAUGAUACGCAGCUAUACAUGCAUACCCAGCCAUCUCUUGUCGAUUCCGCUGUCCAGACUUUGCGGGGGUGCAUUGAUGAUGUCAACUCUUGGAUGACACUCAGCAAGUUGAAGCUUAAUGAUGACAAAACAGAAGCACUCCUCAUUUGCAAUCACAAAUCAUCCUCUACCUCAACUCUUCCCACCUCAUUUCAAGUAGGUAACUCCGACAUACAGUUUACACCCUCUGCUAGGAAUCUUGGUUAUAUUUUUUCUAACAACAUGUCUGUCGAUAAACAUAUCUCUCACAUUUGUCGUUCGGCAUACACCGCUAUCCGUCAGAUCAGCUCCAUCCGCCACUACCUCACACUUAGCGCAACAAAAACUCUAGUCUGUGCUCUUGUUCUCUCUCGUCUUGACUAUUGCAAAUCACUUCUGUCAGUUCACCGAAACAUUUCACAGAAAAACUGCAGAAAGUUCAAAACUCUGCUGCUAGGCUUGUUCUUAAGGCAAAAAGACGCGAUCACGUCACUCCACUACUCCACUCACUACAUUGGCUCCCUAUACAGGCACGCAUUGACUUCAAGCUGUCUCUUCUCUGUCACAACUUUUUCUCGGAUUCCUGCCCUUCCUAUCUAACUGAACUUCUUCUGUCUAUUCACCCCUUAGACAACUUCGCUCCUCCGCAGACUCGCGUAUUCUGUCUGUUCCCAAGACACGCACUAAAUUAUAUGGUGAACGAUCUUUCUCUUUCUGCGCCCCCAAACAAUGGAAUUCUUUGCCACUACACAUCCGCAAUAUAACAACCACACAGGCCUUCAAAACUGCACUCAAAACACAUCUAUUUAAACUAUACUACCCUGACUGAUUGCCCUCCUAUAAACCGAUAAACGUACAUGGGUUUCCUUAUAAAAAUUUCUGGUGUGGUAGGGUGAAUAUACCUCUGGUGUUGUUUUGCUUAUAUGUUGUUUUUAUUUCAUUUAUGUAUUUUAUUUUAAUAUUAUGAUUAUGCCUCUUUGCUAUAUUUAUGUACAGCGCGGUGAGCCCAGCCCUAGGCUGGGGUACCGCGCUAUAUAAGACCACUUAUUAUUAUUAUACUGCAGCCAUUGCUGUCUCAACACAAUUGUGAAUCUUUUUAAUUUUACAAUUUUUUUGUGCUUUCAGUGAGCCACUUAAAACAAUUUAAAGUCCAUGAUGGUGAUAACUAAUAUUACAUCUUGGAUACAAAGUAACUUAAAAUGGUUUAAAAAAUUUGGUGGCUCCUUUAAAAUCCUUGUAACUACAACUUUCAGGUUGAUUGUUAUUUAUUGUCUUCUCACAGAAAUUAAAUGUUUUUCAAAAAAAUAAAAUUCUUACAGGGACGUUGCUGUGGACAAAGUAAAGACAGGUCUAGGCGGAGCUGCUGGAAAUAAAGGUGGAGUAGCCAUUCGUUUUCUGCUCAACAGCACAUCACUUUGUUUUGUGUGUGCCCACUUGGCUGCCGGGCAGUCCCAGGUCAAUGAGCGUAAUGCUGAUUACACAGAGAUCACUCGGAAGAUGGCAUUCCCAAUGGUAGGUCUAAUAAAGAUUGUAUAUUAGAUACAUUUCUUUAACUCAAAAUGUCUGGAAAAUAUCAUUUAUUUAUUUCAAAGCAUAAAUGACUUAAGAUUCAUUUUAAGAAUGAGUGUCAUGCCUCAUAAUUUUAGUUAUUUUGGGGGAUUUUUUCUUCUAAUUUAUUACUAUUUAUGCAUACUUUUCUAUUCCUAAUGUGGGUUAUUUUGACAAGUAAAAUUUCUUUGAACAAAUCAAUUAGUUAACAAACUGAAAAAGGUUUUCUUAAGCAGCAUUUUACUUAUACUCUAUUUUACUCUUUCAAAUCUUGAAAAUUUGUUUAAAGAUUUUCAUUUUCACAGCCAGUCUAAGUAGCCUGUUCAAAAACCAAAAGUAAUGGAGAGAUUAUCAUUGCAGCAAAUUUAUUACAAUCUCACACACUCCACUGUUUUUUUUUUCUCCAGGAAAUAUGCAGAGUGGGUAUACCAGUUUGCAUGUCUCCUUUUUUCAAUCACUUGACAGACUCAGUUUAUAAUGACAGCUCUUAAUCUAUGUUGUCAUCUAUCUGAUAACUAUCCAUGUUGUAAUAGUAGUAUCUUGGUGACAAUAUUGUUGAUGGAUGGAUAUUUUUCAAUAUGAAUAAAUUAACAAUUUUUCUUUUUGAAUUUAAAUGACAGAUGGAACAGUUAACAUAUCAUCCUUUAUUUCUAGGAUGUUCUCAAAAUUAUUAUUUAUUUCUCCUUUUUUUUUUUUUUUUUAAAUGUCCAAUUUAUAAAAAGCUAUUUUUUCUUUUAAAAACUUAACCUAAAAAUUUUUUUAUUUUUUAAAUAAUAAGAGUCAACAUAGUAAAAAUUAGUUUGUAAAAAAAAAAAAAAAGGAAAAUUAUAUUGUGAGUUAAAAAUAAUUACAGAAUUCAAGGGGGGUUGUAUUCUUAAGUCUCAAAUUUUACACACUUUUAUCUUUUAAUUCUGCAUUGAUACACAAAAUUGUUGUAGGUUCUUUAUGUCUGCAUUAAAUAUAUUCUAUUUUUAAAAUUGAAAUCAAUUUUUGUUCAACCACAUUUCAAAUCAGAACCAGAUACUUUGUUUCAGAAAAGAGGGAAUGGGUUGGUCUUAAUUUAAAAAAUGUGAUUUAAAAACUUAAAUGAAAGCCAAUUAGUUUAAUUGUUAGCUAGCAAUCAUUAAGCUUGAUAAAAAGUAAUAUGCCAAAUAUCCUUAGUUCUGCCUUGUCUUAGAAGACGGUGUACUUAUUUUUGGAUCCUUUUUGUCAUUUGUAGAACUGUGAGCUUCAUCUGUUAAACAUCAUAAUCCAUUUGGCAAGUAAUCGACAAAUCGAUGAAAUGCCUUUGAUAAAAUAUAUUGAUUUUAAAAGACUUUAAAGUAGUUACCGCAAACUAAUUUGUAACUUUGAUUAUCAAAGUUUAGUUCCAAUGUGACUAAUGCUGUAGUGAUGACAGUUAAAGAAUAUAUCAUUUUAUGCAUGAUUAAUAAUGUUAAUGGAAUUUGGUGACCACAUUUAAACCGAUAUUGGGUUUGUACUGUGGGCAGAUGACUAAAUGAUUGUUACAGGUGUUGAUGUAGGAUGAUCUCCAGCAUGGUUUGCUUACAGCUAUCCUUGGUUUUCUAUUCUAUAUAACUGCAUGUUAUACCAUGGGCCAUUCUCUCUCUGCCUGAAUGUGGGCAAUUUGCAGACAUAAUUGGUUGUGCCCAUUAUGUCUAAAAAAUCUGCCUCUUAAAUAAUGUCUUAUAAUUUUGAUUAAUUUUUUCUUUGAGGUAAGUUUUAAAUCUUAGACUGCCCUAAUUAAUUUGUUGGCAGACAAAUUGGCAUUUACUGUAUUGAAAACUUGAGGCCUGUUUACUUGUAAUGUUUCUCUUGCUAUGUUUCAUGGAGUAUGUAAACACAUUGACUCAGUCAAACAUUUUUCCAUCUAGUACAUGAUUUUUUUGUACUGGCUUGGUAAGAGCAUGACAGAUAAUGAAGUAACUUUCAGAUCACUUUUAAAAUGCUAAUCUUUGUGUAUAGUUAUGAUCUGUUGAAGGUAUCUGGUUAUGGAUACAUGAAUACAUUGGUACUUAUUUGAACGUGUAAGCCAAAGGUAGCAAAGAUUGAUGGAAUUUUUUAUAACAGAGUGUGUAUUUUUAAAUAAACACAACUUUCCAUCAGAUAAAAACUUAACUCUUUACUUUUAUUUUGCUGUUUAUCUUUAGUCUGUGGACUUGCCGAGGAAGGUAAGGGGGGACAACUUGUAGUAUGAAAAAUAAAAUAUUUCUAUAAAACCAACCACUGUAGAAGAACACAACAUAAAGAUUAGCACACCCUGUAUUACUUUAAACUUAGCUCUGUCUCAUUUCCCAUCCAUAUUUUACACAUCACAUUCAAAUAUGGAAAUAAAAUAAUAAAGUAAUUUAGAUUGCUUCUAUUAAAAUACCUUCCUAUGUUUCCUAUGUUUCAUAUUUUAAUGAUCAGUUUUGCCAACAACUACUAAUAAUUUCCCUAUAUAUCUGAAAUGAUCAUUACAAAAAUUUGUGAAAAUACUAACAGUUUUGGUUGCUGCUUGUCUCUAAAUGCUAAGGUUUAUGAGAAACCCUCUAACACAUAUUAUUUGUGCUGAACACAAUUUUAAUUCUAUAUUUUUUAGAGCUGGGUUUUAAACCUUUUUAGUUUUGACACAAAAUAAUCCAAAUUUUUAAUGAAUUGCAAUGAAUCUCCCAGUGAACAUGCACACAUAUUCUCUAAUUUAAAAUGUAGGUUCCAAAACAAAUAAUAGAUUCUGCAAAAUAGAUUCUGGCUAUGAAAAUUUGUGUCUAUGGUUUAGAGAAGUCCUCAAUUCUGUGGGCCAGAUGCAGACCACCAGUGGUGGUUAACCCGGCAAGCUUGGCCACCGUACUGGUACCCAUUUGGCAGUAACGAAUAUAGACCAAAACCGGACACUGGCCAUCUCAUUAGCCAAAAGCUGGCCCAUACUUCCUGUUGAAAUAUUAAGUUUCUUUGUUUUAAAUAUUUUAUUGUUUUUUUUUUUGUUUUUUUUUGGGGGGGGGGGUUUUUCAAAACCGGUACCUGGCACUCUCUAUAGCCAAAAGCUGGCCCAUUCUUCCUGUUGAAAUAUUUAGUUUUUUUGUUUUAAAUAUUUUAUUUUUUUUUUUUUUUGUUUUUUUUUGGGGGGGGGGGUUUUGCACUUCAGAUAAUAAGAUAUAUAUUCAGUGUCUUUGAGGAUAGUUAACUGGCCCCUUGUUUAAAAUGUUUGAGGCCCCCUGGUUUAGAGGGUUGGGGCAUUGACAAACACUUAUUGUUUAUUACAAUAAAAAAAUAAAGCAUACAAAUAAUUCAAAUAUAAAAGAGUUUGACCUGGGAUUGGUGGAAGAAAUAUGGAUGAACCCUCUUUUUAAUUGUUUGGUAUCCUGAAACUAAUAAACAAACUAACUGUAACUAGAUCCUUUAACUUAGGCAGUAACUUUCUAGUUUCUGUAUACAAAAUGUCCAACUCACACCACACUAAUUUCAUCAAAAAAGAAUUCACUAUCAUUAUUUCAGCUUAGAAAUGAAAAGCUUUUAGAUUAUUACUUGAUUUUUGUUUUUUUGUUCCUUUCAUAAAUUAGACUCUUGUAUUUUUAUUGCUUUUAAUCCUAUCACUUUAAAACAAUUGUCUGUACGAAAUUAUGGAACUGCCCUUAAUAUGAUUUUGUUAGGUAUUAAGUAAUUGAUUAUAAUUUGUUUCACAUGGCAUGAAGCAUUUUUUUGGUUUUUGUGUGCUUUACUUUUUAAGGUUUUCAAAAUCAUAGUCUUCGUGUGUGGUUGUCAUAUUUUUUUUUCCAUUUUAACAACUUUGUAAUUUGCUUUACCUCCCCUUUAGUUUAACCAUUACUUAAUGCUACAGUAACAUUAAAAGGAUGCUUACUAUUCUGUUGAUACUACUGUACAAGACUAUAACUAGAUGCAUUAGGAUAAUAAGUAUUUCGAUGGGAUUGAUCAGCAUAACUCUAUUACACAAAAAAUACUGAAUGAUGACAUAUUACUCAUAUUACCUAAUCAAAAAAUGAUGUGUGACAUGUGCAAGGAGUAAUUAAAUUUAUUACAAGGAACACAACUGCAUAUUUUGAAAAUGGAAUGCUGUUCCAAAUGUUUUUGCUCUUGUUAACAAUUUAUUUAUUUGUGUACAAGAAGCCUUUUUAAAGGAGACGCAGUUGCACAUUCUGCAAAUGCAACGCUGCUCCUAAGAAUACUAAGAUUAUAUCUCUUAGCGUCAGUUCCACAUAUACAUGUAAUGGAAGUUGUGAUGAUGAUUUUUUUUUUACAAUUUGGGGUUUGGAAGUGUGUUUUUUAGGCGAGGUUUAUAAUAUUUUUAGAUACAGUGAUACUUGAAAUCUGAAAGUCCCCAAAAGUCCCAGAUCUCAAACAACUAAUGAUACAAACUAGUGCUCAAAAGGAGGAGUUUAAAGCCAGAAGGGAGGAUUUGAGAACUUUAAGAAAAACACUGGCUUCCAUUGAGUUUAAAGGACCCAGGAACGGAUUAAUCCAGUUUCUAUUAUUUUAAAGGGGAAAAUUGUCUUUGAAUUUGAACAAGGUUCUGGAGCGGAUUAAAUUCAGAUUCCACGUCACCACUGUAUUUGCCCCAUGUAAAUGUAAUGAAGACAAAAAAAUAAAUUUUUUUUAAAUGAAGAAAUCUCUUCUACAGGGUCGAACAAUUUUAUCUCACGACUGUGUGUUUUGGUGCGGAGAUUUCAAUUACCGCAUUGAUCUGAGCAACGAUGAAGUAAAGGGCCUUGUUGCUUGUGAGAACUGGAGGGCUUUACAAGAGCUUGAUCAGCUGAAUACCCAGAGAGCAGUGAACAAUGUGAGGGUUAGGCUAGUUGUUGGGGGUUUUAAAGCUGGUGUCCCUAGAGAUACCCAGAGAGCAGUGAACAAUGUGAGCGGUGGGCUAGUUGUUGGGGUUUAUAGCGCUGGUGACCCUGACAUAUACAGAUAUAUUUGUAUGUAUAAAAUGUUAUAAAGUAUUUAAUGUGUUCCAUUAAAGGUGCACACAAAGAUCAAUGAAAUUGUUAGUAAAAAAAAAUAAAUUUAACUUUAAAAGUAAAUUUCUACUGUUCAAUCCCUUAUAUAAGUGUUAAUCUGAAAGUGGAAUAUGGAAACAGUGCAACUGAUGAAAUUUCAAAAAGGGCAAUAAGAAACAGGACAAUAAGAAACAGUCCGGUUUUAAAAAUGCACAAUUGAGUGAACACUGAAUGAGAUUACAAUAUUUUAAAAAAAUAGUUAUUCUGUAACUCAGUGGUUUUCAACCUUCCUAAUGCCGCGACCCCUUAAUACAGUUCCUCAUGUUUUAUGGUGACCCGCAACCACAAAAUUAUUUUCGUUGCUACUUCAUAACUGUGGAGUACAUGUGUUUUCCGGUGGUCUAAGGAGACCCCUGGGAUAGGGUCGUUGGACCCCCAAAGGGGUCACCACCCACAGGCUGAGAACCGUUGCUGUAACUAAUAACUUUCUUGUCGACUUUCAGUGUUUCCAGGGCUUUAAUGAAGGUCAGUUGAACUUUGCACCUACCUACAAGUACGACACUUUCAGUGAUGACUAUGAUACCAGCGAAAAGGGCCGCACUCCAGCAUGGACGGACAGAGUUCUGUGGGCAGUAAAGACAGUGAGAGAUCCAGAGGGUGAGAGGCCAGUCUUUAAUAUGCCAUCAUUGAAAACUCUUAUGUAAGGAAAUGUAUGUUAUUAUUUCAUUUGAAAAAUGUGCAAGAAAGCUAGGGGAUUGGAGAUAAUACAAGUUCGUCCAUCACCAAGUAGUUUGAGAAGAACUAGAUAUUAGUGAAUUAUUUUUUUUUACCAAGGAUCAGUAAAUCGGUGAACCUUUUUUUUUUUACUUUUUUUUUUUUUAAAUCUUAUGAAUGAUAGAAUGAAUGGAUAUUGAAACUUGAUGUCUCAAUAUCCAUUCAUUCUAAUUUUGCUCUAACCAAAUCAUUUGACACCUUGUUUUACUUUUUGUUUGUAGUUUGAGAAGAAUUAGAUAUUAGUGAAUUAUUUUUUUUUACCAAGGAUUAGUAAAUUGGUGAUCUUUUUUUUUUUUACUUUUUUUUUUUUUAAAUCUUAUGAAUGAUAGAAUGAAUGGAUAUUGAAACUUGAUGUCUCAAUAUCCAUUCAUUCUAAGUUUGCUCUAACCAAAUCAGUUGACACCUUGUGUUACUUAGUGUUAAGAAUUUAUUUUUUUUUCAUUGUGGUUUCAUUUUUUAAAAAAAAAACUUAAGAAACUUGAUGAUUUACAAAAACAUUAUGCGUGUCUUAGUGUUUAAUUUAAUAGAUCUAAGCUUAAGUUGUAAUGGUGGAGUUCUUUAAAAAACCAAGUUCAGGUAAAACCUGAUUACUGAUCAUCUUGUUUAUUUACAAUUUCUUCAGCUGAGAUUAACUCUUGAAAUCAGUGGGUGGGUAAUACUUUUAAUUACAUUUUUCUUUGGUCUUAAUUGGAAUGACGGACUAAGACACUGCCUUUCAAUAAAUAAAUGUUUAUUGAUGGUGAAAUACUUAUUGCUGAGCUCUGAGGCUGUCUGCCCCCCCCCCACCCCCCUUAAAAAAAAUGCGUUUCUUCUAUUUUUUUCCCUUUUCACAAAUCUGCUAAUGGCAGCAAAUUCCUUUGCUCAAUUCUCAAUUUUUUGGAUUCACUGUAUUGAAUUAAUCCUCCAAAUGUUAUAAAAAAAGUUUAUUUUACUCUCCAAAAUCUUCAGAUGAAACAAAUGAUCUGAGCCUAGCUCAAGUGAAGCUUCUGCUAUACACAAGGGCGGAAUUGAGAACUUCAGAUCACAGGUGCCAAAAUCUUUCAUCUUAGUUUUAAUUAGUUUUAGGUUUUUUUAAACUAUUCAUUUUUAAACUAUUUAGUAAAAGACAACCUUAGGGGCUUCUGAAUUCCGAGGACCAAUGGGAAUUAACUUCUCUACAAUUAUAAAGUACCAGGCUGUUGUAUUUGAAAAGGUUUUUAUUUCUUUUGAAAUUGGGAAACCGGGUGGCUGUGCCCACAAGACACAUCACAAGCAUUCUGACAUUUGGUGUCCUUAAAUCCUGGAAACACUUCAAUCCAGUUCUCUCUCCUCUUGGCAGAUGAAAAGGCUCUCUACCUUGUUAUUUGAUUGGCACACUCAAGGCAGACAGAAAAAAAUGCUCCGUAGAUGCUAAACAAACUUAAAUUUGCAUAUUGGAGCCUUAGGUCAUUGGUCAUUUUCAACACAGAAAGGUUGAAAUAAAAUGAUGUAAUAUAUCAGAAAAUUGUAAGAUAAAGAAUAAAAAAAAUUAAGUGGAAAAAAAGAUAUAUAAUAUUCUUUACCAUGAUUCUUUUUGUUGUACGCUAGAUCAAUUUGUUGUUGACUUUGUUCUCAUUAUUGCAGGCCAGUCGUGGGCAUUUUUGAUGUUGACACUGUACUUGUGGAUGAGGAGAAGAAAAAUGCCACACUUGCCAAGGUUGUAGAGGAGCAAGGACCGGCAGAUGGCACUGUCAUCGUCUCGCCAACAACAGGGGAAGAUCUUUCGGAUGAGACUGUGGAUGCAGUGGUGGAAAAAUUUAAUGAAGUUGGUGAGAUUGUCAUUGUACGGUAAGUGAAAUAAUUUAGGAUUGCACAAAUUGUCAUUGUAUGGUAAGUGAAAUAGUUUAGGAUUGCACAAAUUGUCAUUGUACGGUAAGUGAAAUAAUUUAGGAUUGCACAAAUUGUCAUUGUAUGGUAAGUGAAAUAGUUUAGGAUUGCACAGAUUGUCAUUGUACGGUAAGUGAAAUAAUUUAGGAUUGCACAAAUUGUCAUUGUAUGGUAAGUGAAAUAGUUUAGGAUUGCACAGAUUGUCAUUGUAUGGUAAGUGAAAUAAUUUAGGAUUGCACAAAUUGUCAUUGUAUGGUAAGUGAAAUAGUUUAGGAUUGCACAAAUUGUCAUUGUAUGGUAAGUGAAAUAGUUUAGGAUUGCACAAAUUGUCAUUGUAUGGUAAGUGAAAUAGUUUAGGAUUGCACAGAUUGUCAUUGUAUGGUAAGUGAAAUAAUUUAGGAUUGCACAAAUUGUCAUUGUAUGGUAAGUGAAAUAGUUUAGGAUUGCACUCUGAUAUAGAACUUCUUGUGAAGCAUCAAUGAUUCUUCAACUGAAAAAUAAAAAAGAUUUGGUGAGUACUCAAUACUUUUGCAAUGAAAUUUGUAAUUCAUUGAAAUUCAAGUUAUAUUUUUGGAUUAAGCUGAAAAUAGGAUCUGUUACAAAUUAUGUCGCAUAAUGGUCUAGAUGAUGAUGAAAAAACUUUAAGGAAAAACUCUUUAUUUGUAGUAAGGUAACCACUGAUUAUAUAUAUUGUCAUAAAAGUGUCACUUGAUGUGCCUGAGUAAAUUGUUUUUGAGAUUUUAUUGGGUACCAUAAUAUUUAAAUUAAAAGUAAUUUUUAAUGGAUUUGAAGUUUGAGACUAUUAGUUUGAAAAAAAAUAAAUGUGCUUUUUACACAGAUUUGUAGGAUCAGACAUGUGGGUCCUCUAUCAGAAAGGCAAGUAUGCUCUGGAAGCCCUGCAGUUUGACAAACAAGAGGUACGAUUGUAACCCUUAAAUUUGUUAAUUGGUUAUAAUUCUUAGUUCUAUUUACGGAUUUAUAUCUGUAGCCUUAUAUUGGGUUUUUUCACCUUGAAUUAUACUAUUCAGCCAAAAUAUAGCAAGGACAACAUUACAAGUUUUUUUUUUGUUACAAAAAUAAACCAUUUAAAAUCGAAAUAAAGUUAAGAAAUCUGUAUCAAUUUCAUGCCAUCAGAAUUCUGGUGGCAAGUUCAACAUAAACUUUUAUCUCAUUUGACAGUUUGCGGGAACCAAAGUGAGAGUCUGUUUAAAGACCCAGGAAUGGAAAGGAGAAAUAGAGAAAGAGCUGAAUCUGUGUUCCAGCAACACUGGUGCACUGUACAACCAGUUCUCUAACUCACUUCUAGGGGACGACUUCAGUGUGCCCUCGAUGGAAUUUGACAUUGGAGGAGGUGAGGAGCUCUUUCUUCUUUUGUUUUAACACUAAUUGGAUGCACACAUACAUCUGUGGCACUUUUUUUUUUUUUUCCCAAUAAUUGAAUUUUAACAUUUGUUUGUUAACAACCAUUACAAGUCAAAUAAAAAAAAAAUCAUUGCAAGCUGCUGGUAGCAACAAUUUGGAAGAUAUUAUUUUUGAAUGAACAAGUUAAAAUACAAUUCAUCCAUUCAAAUGGAUCAAUAUUUUGAUAAAACCUAUUACCAGGUCAGAGAUGGAAGCUAUCAAUAAAAUUCAUGAAAAAUUUGGUUUAGGCUUGUCAAGUUAACUCAAAUGUUUGUGCAGAUAAAUCUAUGUUGAAGAGAUGAGUUGUUUUUUUUCUCCUUACAGAUGAUGCUGAGGAUGCCGAGGAUGCAGAGGUUGAGAAUGUUCUUCAAGGCAUGGCGGGGCCAUCCUCAGGGGCCAGUACUCCACUAAGUCAGUAAAAUCAACAUGCUUUCAAUCAGAAAUGUUUUUUUUAAAAACACAUUGCAAAAAUAGUUCACACAGCAUUAUUUCAAAACUUUUUAAAAAAUCCAACCACAAUUGGAUUUGUUAUAAAUGAUACAAAUUGUGAACAUAUUGAUUACAAGAAAUUUCUGUUUGUAUAGCUUUAUUGUAGUUGUUGUUUGUCCUUGGUAUGCGAAGGUGACCGAGGCAAUAUUCAUCGGUGUGUACGCAUGUGGCCUCCCAGUCCUAUUUGUGCCUGAAAGGCUCUCCCCCCCCCAUAGGAUAGACUUUGCUUUGGGGUCCUAGUUGGAGUGGAGUUGAUUCUGCUUUUCCUUGCCGUGCGCUUUAUUUGGGCGUGAGCUGUGCGUUCAUUCUCUAUAGAUAGUGUUCCAACAGGGAUUCUACCUCGCCAGCUUGUACGAUCCACAGCAAGUUUUCCCCACAAAUUCAGGAAGAUGUCCAUUGAUUUGAGCGAAGAUUUUAGACAGCGAUUUUUUUUUCUGCCCACCAGCUGAGCAUUUCCCUCUGGAGAGUUCACCAAACAUUAGUUUACAGGAAGUCUUCCGCCUGGCAUUCUCACAACAUGCCUUGUCCACCUGUCUUGUCCAUUUUGUAGGAAAGUGUGUGGAUGCUGUUAAAGUCAGCCUGUUGUUGGACUUCUGCAUUAGGUUAGGGCAGCGGUUCUCAACCCGUUGGGUCGUGACCCCUUUGAGGGUCGAACGACUCUUACACAAGCGUUGCCUAAGACCAUAGGAAAAUCCAUAUUUUACGAAGAAGCAAUUAAAAAAUAAAGUCGGGGGUCGCCACACCAUGAGGAACCAUAUUAAAGGGUCGCACCAUUAGGAAGGUUGAGAACCACUGGGACUUAGUCGAUCUUUACUUUUCAAAUCUGAGGAGUCAACUAAAAACCAGGAUGACCAAAAUGUUAAACACCCGAUCCCAGGAUAUGCUGUGUCUUGUGUUCUUGUUGUUUCUUGAAGAUGUAAUGAAAAUAAAUAUGUACAAUGUAAUCAAUGCACAUUCCCAGCUGUCUUCUCUCAUUACAUUCUUUUAUUUCCUUAUGCCACUGUGGAUGGAACAUGUUAUUUGAACAUCGGUUGCUCUCCCUGUGUAGGUAACCAGAGCCCAGUCCCAUCACCAGGGGAAAUACCCGGAGGCCCUCCAGUAAAUCCACCCAGACCCG